GUCAAUUUUGCUCAGCGUUUAGUUUAGUGAUCAUUGAUCAAACAACAAACAAAACAAACCAACAGCUCUUUGCUUCUCAUCUAAAACUCUUCUCUUUUUUAUACUUCUCCCACCUGACCUAAACCCAAAAAACCCUCUUUUUAAUCAUCUUUUUUGAUCAAAACUACAGUUUUUUGCAACCCAGCCCCUGUUUUUUAUCCACAGGGGUAAAUAAGGAUUUGGGGAGUACAAUCUGCGGAUACACGGAUUAGGAACAUAUGGAUCAAAAUGUUGCUGCUGAAGAUAAAGAGUGCUUUCGAAGCGGCCUUGAGCUGGUAUCUGACAAGCAUAUUGAUCUUCUGAGGCCAUCUGCACGGUACUAUUCAGUGAGUAAAGGGCAAGCCACAGAUGCCGUAGACCGUGAAAAGGGCAAAUAUACACUUCUUAAAGAUCCCGAGGACUUCCCAGUUGGGAUUUAUGACAAACCCCUUCCAUGCUUUGGCUGUGGAGUAGGAUGGUUUUCUUUUCUGUUAGGAUUUGCAUUCCCAUUGCUGUGGUACUACGCCACAUUUCUUUACUUUGGAAACUACUACCGCAAGGAUCCUAGGGAACGAGCGGGCCUUGCUGCAGCCGCCAUUGCUGCGAUGACAUUCUCUGUUGUGUUGGUGAUCAUUAUAGCUUACUGUACUCUCUUCUAGUCCGGCACUUGCUAGUCUGCUCUUAAUACUUGCAUCUUAAAAUGAGACGCUAAACAGUUCGGAAGAAACCGCGCCGAUAUCUAGCAGAAGAGGAUAGAGAAUAUGUCACUGCACAGUUGGACAUAGUCACACUCCAGAAACAUACAAAAAAACUGAACUUCGUUGGCAGUAGCUGUAUUUUGUGGUGCCUUUACGAAGAAAUAUAUCAUAGUCGAUAUUUAUGUAAGUGUUUAUUAAUAGCAAUGGUGCUUGAGGCUUUGUUAAUAUGCGAAUAAUGUUAAUGAGUUUACAGAUCAAAUAGGUUACUUUCCCAUACAAAAACUCUCAAUUAAUUCAAUUGUACAAGUUCAGCCAGUACCAAAUAAUUGCGCAGGAAACCUUGCCCUACUCUGUUCUUGUAACUUUAAGACCAGAGAAUUUAUGCUUUAUGCGAAAAACCAAAUACCAUGAAGGAAUGAAGUAAAUUUAUAAUAA